AUGGCAGAAGAGAAAAGUGUGGAGAUUCCAAGAGUCAAGCUUGGAACUCAAGGUCUUGAGGUUUCCAAGUUGGGGUUGGGGUGUAUGAACCUUAGUGGAGCCUAUACUGAUUCUGUUCCUGAUGAUGAAGGCAUAUCUCUUAUUAAGCAUGCAUUCACUCAGGGAAUUACUUUCUUUGACACUGCUGAUAUUUAUGGGGCCAACGCUAACGAAGUUUUGAUCGGAAAAGCUCUAAAACAGUUACCUAGAGAAAAGAUCCAACUAGCGACCAAAUUUGGCAUUGCAGCAAGGAAUUUUCCUAAUCCACAAGUCAAAGGUACACCAGAGUACGUGCGAUCGUCUUGUGAAGCUAGCUUGAAACGUCUUGACGUUGAGUACAUUGAUCUCUAUUAUCAGCACAGGGUCGACCAAACAGUACCUAUAGAGGAAACAGUUGGAGAACUGAAAAAGCUGGUGGAAGAGGGAAAAGUGAGGUAUAUAGGGUUAUCUGAAGCAAGUGCAGAUACUAUAAGAAGAGCACACGCUGUUCAUCCCAUCACAGCUUUGCAAAUAGAGUGGUCCCUAUGGACCCGUGACAUUGAGGAGGAGAUUGUUCCUCUCUGUAGGGAGCUUGGCAUUGGCAUUGUACCAUACAGCCCUCUGGGCAGGGGCUUUUUUGGUGGCAAAGGAGUUCUGGAAAGCAUGCCUGUGAAUAACGCCAUGACUUCAUAUCAUCCUCGCUUCAAACCAGAGAACAUGGGAAAGAACAAGUUAAUAUAUAACCGAAUAGAAAGCCUUGCUAAGAAACACCACUGCACUCCUCCGCAACUUGCAUUAGCAUGGGUACUCCACCAAGGCAAUGAUGUGGUUCCCAUUCCUGGAACAACAAGGAUUAAGAACCUGGAUCAAAACAUCGAUGCAGUAUCACUGAAAUUUACAGAAAGUGAGUUGAGAGAAAUUUCUGAGGCAGUUCCCAUAGAUGAGGUAGCAGGGUCUCGAUACUUCUUUGAAAAUGAUAAAGAUUCUUGGAAAUUUGCCAACACACCUCCAAUAGAUCCGAGGCCCAACUCAGAGAAGAAGACAGUGCCAUCAUCAACCAGCUACCAUACCAGAAUGGAUCAAGUGCAACGCAUUCAACAAGUUAAACUUGGCUCCCAAGGCCUUCAGGUUUCAAAACUGGGAUUCGGAUGCAUGGGCCUUACUGGAGCGUACAAUGAGCCUCUCCCAGAAGAGGAUGGCAUUUCUAUUAUCAAGCACGCGUUCAGUCAGGGAAUAACCUUUUUUGACACAGCUGAUUUUUAUGGAGCUAAUGCUAAUGAAAUUUUGGUUGGAAAGGCUUUGAAGCAGCUACCCAGAGAAAAGGUCCAGAUAGCCACGAAAUUUGGUAUUGCGGGAAGGGUCUAUUCUAAUGUUCAGAUAAAGGGUUCUCCUGAAUAUGUGCGUUCAUGCUGUGAAGGUAGCUUGAAGCGCCUUGAUGUUGAAUACAUUGAUCUCUACUAUCAGCAUAGAGUGGACCAGUCUGUACCUAUAGAGGAAACAGUGGCUGAACUUAAGAAGCUAGUGGAAGAGGGUAAAGUGAAGUAUAUUGGGUUAUCUGAAGCCAGUCCCGAUACUAUUAGAAGAGCACACGCAGUUCAUCCCAUCACAGCUGUGCAAAUAGAGUGGUCUCUGUGGACUCGUGACAUUGAGGAACAGAUAGUCCCUCUCUGCAGGGAACUUGGUAUUGGAAUUGUACCAUAUAGUCCUCUGGGUCGUGGUUUUUUUGGGGGAAAAGUAGUCCUGGAAGAUGUGCCUGCAGAUAGCAGCCUGAAAGCAUUUCCACGCUUCCAAGCCGAGAACCUGGACAAGAACAAGAAUAUAUACGAACGAAUCGAACGCCUUGCAAAGAAGCAUCAGGCCACUCCUGCUCAGUUGGCAUUAGCAUGGGUUCUACAUCAAGGAGAGGAUGUUAUACCUAUCCCUGGAACUACAAAGAUAAAAAAUCUGGAUCAAAACCUAGGAGCCUUAGCAUUGAAAGUGUCAGAGAAGGACGUGAGAGAAAUUUCUGAGGCGGUUCCCAUUGGUGAUGUAGCAGGUAAUAGACACUACAAUGGAGCGGAUAACUUUUCCUGGGAGUUUGCUGACACACCUCCAAAAGAUUCAAGAGUCUCCACUGACGCACUCAACACCACCAAAGCAUGCUGA